CGGCUCACGGGGAUUUUUUUUUUGAUCCCAAGAGCUGCUGGAAACCCGGCUGCACCGACAGCUCUCCCUUGCCGUGAACCAGCAGCAUCGCCGUGCCCGGUGCCGGUCGGAGCAGCGGUGGCAGCACGGGAGCUGCAAGUGGCCGUGUGUGUGUGAGAGGCCAGGGCGGGCGUGCAAGCGGGGGGGAGAGGGGGCUCAGCGGGGGCCGCGCGCCCGCCGGGGUGUUAAGGAGAGAAACGCUUAAGGCUCCGCCGGUAGGAAAUUAAAGCGGUCCAUUUCGGGGAUAGUUAGAUGACGCCAGCGAGAAAUAAAAGCCAUCCAUAAAUUACAUUAUUCCUCCAGCCCUCUAAUGACAGGAGCGAUUAGUGCGCGAGCAGAGCCCUGAGCCCGUGUCUUGGGACUGCUCCGGCCAUGGCGCUUGGUGCGGGAGAGAUGGGACCCGAGUGCCGCCCUGCCCUGAGGACCAGAGGCAACCCGCCGGGCCAAACUAAAAAAGCGCUGAAGCAGCGAUUCCUCAAACUGCUGCCCUGCUGCCGGCCCAAAUCCAUCCCCUCGCUCAGCGAAAACAGCGUCGAGGAUGAGUUUGAGCUCUCCACCGUCUGCCACCGCCCCGAGGGGCUGGAGCAGCUGCAGGAGCAGACCAAGUUCACCCGCAAAGAGCUGCAGGUCCUGUACCGAGGCUUCAAGAACGAGUGCCCGAGCGGCAUCGUUAACGAAGAGAACUUCAAGCAGAUCUACUCACAGUUCUUCCCGCAGGGAGACUCCAGCACGUACGCCACCUUCCUCUUCAACGCCUUUGACACCGACCACGAUGGCUCCGUCAGCUUUGAGGACUUUGUGUCCGGGCUGUCCACUAUCCUGCGAGGCACCAUCGAUGACCGCCUGAACUGGGCCUUCAACCUCUACGACCUGAACAAAGACGGCUGCAUCACCAAAGAGGAAAUGCUGGACAUCAUGAAGUCCAUCUACGACAUGAUGGGCAAGUACACCUACCCGGCCAUGCGGGACGAGGCGCCGCGGGAGCACGUGGAGAACUUCUUCCAGAAAAUGGACCGGAACAAAGACGGCGUGGUGACGAUCGAGGAGUUCCUGGAGUCCUGCCAGAAGGACGAGAACAUCAUGCGGUCCAUGCAGCUCUUCGACAACGUGAUCUAGCUCCCGGACCUGCCUCCAGCCGAGCUCUCCUGCCACCGGGCCCAGAACCUGCUUCUCUCUCGACUUCUCCUUCGAGCCUCCCUGCUGCCGGCUGCCACCCGGAGAUGUGGUCGGCACUGGGAUGUUCCCUCCCCCCGGGCCAGCCCUGCUUUCCUGGGGGGGGCCCAUGCAGGUGCCCCUGGAUGCUGGAGUGUGGGCACGACUGGCACAGGGCAUGUAUCUGGCCUGGGCGAGCAUCCUUGCACCCGAUCCCAGAGAGAAAGCCGCAUCCUCAGGCUGUUGUAGGGGCUCCCCCGUGCACA